UACAAUUGCAAUACAUGUAUUCGGAACCAGGAGUAUUUCUUCAUAAGAUCAGAUCAUACAGCAACAGAAAUAGCCAGAAACAACAGCAAAUACAGAAAUUACAGCAAAUACACAUUUGUUCCCUAAAGUUCUGAUGAAACGUUUUGGAACGGCUGAUGAUUGCGCUGGCCUGGCGGCUUAUUGAGCUUCAGAUGAUGCUAGUUACGUCACAUGGGAGGAUUUUUGUAAUUUCUGGUGGGUUGUAUAGCAAACCAUAAGAGUCAUGGACUAAAACUUGUUCAGUAAAAUGAUCGGGACCAAACAGCAACUCGUAUUGGAAUUAAACAGAAAAAAAUAUUUAUUCUUGUUACGACUUGUAUACUAUUGCAAUUUUAUUCUAGUUCUUUAAACCAUUGCUCAUUUUACCUUUUUUUCAAUUUUUUUUUUCGAAUACAUUAGUCAAAAACUUCGUCAAAUAAUGAAAUUCAUUGUAUUAUCAAGCGAGCGCUAUUAUUCACGAAUAGUUAGCUGUACAUAGUAUUGUACACCAGCCACAACUGAAUCGGAGAAGAAAGCGAGAUCAACGCGAGGACUUGCAAAAGUAGUACAGCUGUGUGAUUCUUCAACGAUACUCACAAUUAACUGAAUAGUUAUAGUCCAGAGUAUAGGAAAUUUAUAGCUCUGGCUCUUUUUUCACAUAGGCCACAUAAGAUUAGCUGUAAAUUCCGAAUGUAUCGCCUUUCACGUCUCUCAAAAUAUGGGCGGGUGGCGUCCCCGCGUUUUAUGUCAUCGGCCGGAAAUCUUGGUGGCAGAGUGGCAAUUAUUACUGCAGGAACAGAUGGUAUAGGACUUGCAAUUGCCAAACGAUUGGGACAGAAUGGAGCUCGUGUCGUUGUUAGUAGCCGAAAGCAGAAAAAUAUUGAUCGUGCAGUUGAUGAAUUGAAAUCAAUUGGAAUAAAGGUUUUAGGAAUACCAUGCGACGUUGCUGAUUCUGAGCAAAGACAAAAUUUGAUCAAAAAGACAAUGAAAGACUUUGGUUCCAUAAAUAUUCUUGUUCAAAAUGCUGGAGUCAAUCCCCAUCUUCUUAACAUUAUGGAAACUCCAGGAAGCGUUCUUGACAAAACAUACGGCCUUCAUAUCAAAGCUAACUUUCAGAUCGUACAAGAAAUAUUUCCUCAUAUGACCAAAAGUGAGCACCAAGGUUCUAUUAUAUUAACGUCAAGCAUUGUUGGUUAUACAUCUCAACUUAUACCAGGAGCUUAUGCAAUCACCAAAGCAUCGAUCAGUGCCAUGGUUCGUGCCUUUACGCCAGAACUAAUGAAUCGAAACAUACGAAUAAAUUGUGUCUCCUUUGGAGGAAUUGAUACUUCGUUUUUUCAAAAAGUUCAACAGAACCAGCCUUUUCGUGAUAGUCUAUUGAGUUACGUUCCGAUGAAACGUUUUGGAACUGUUGAUGAAUGCGCCGGCUUUGCGGCUUAUUUAGCUUCAGACGAUGCUAGUUACGUUACAGGGGAGAAUUUCGUAAUUGCUGGAGGGUUGUAUAGCAGACCGUGAGAGCCAAUGAAUGAGCAGAAAAUCCUAUUAUAACAAACUUCAAUGCCUUAUCAUGCGAUGUUAUUCAAGACUAUUUAGUUGCAAAUAGAAUUCGACGUUACUCAUCCUUGAAAAGUGGGGGUAGUUGGAACGCUAUCCAGCAUCGUCGUGAACUGUGAAUCUAAAUAUACUGAGACUGGUCACGAGGCUCUUAUAUCGUGAUCGAUUACGUCUGUUAGACAAAUCUGUUCAUCAUGCAACUGAGCCACGGACUAACGCUGUAUAAAAUGGGUAAUCUUACUAAUGGAUCAUGACUUCACAAUCAUUGAUUUAUCACACUUCUAAUAUACGUAUUCAAUAUCAUACCAUCAAUCAGUCUGUUAGUGUGAUAUAAAAAAAAUAAAUUUGUUUAUUUUGGGACUCAUAACGUCUUACUUCUUCAAUAUGUUGAUAACUUAUGUGAAUGACAUUUUUUAAUUUGUUUAAGAUGCAUGUCCUUUAUUUGCGCUUAUGUCGAGAUUGUACUUUCGAACUCAGGGAUUUAACAACUUGUUAUUUUCGUGUUUUGAUAUUUAAUACGUUACACAAUAUAAAAACAUAUGUCAAUUGCAUCGGAAUGAAUUUAAUUGAACCCGGUGACGCGGUGGCGGUGACCAAUAAAUAAAAAGGAAUUAGAUAGUUCUUCAUCAGGUUUGAUACCUAGGUAAAUCAUUUGUAACCAAUAACGCAACUUUACUCUUAAUCCCUGGAUCAUUGAAAAUAAAUGCCGAUCUUUCAUAUAUGACUAGGUGGAAUGAUAUACGUAGCAACGAAAUAAACGAAAAAAAAUUGAGUUCAAAUAUAUAAUUGUUUUAUAUGCAUAUACUCAUUUUCACUAUUUGGUGAUAAAUAUAUUUUUCUUUUCUGAAGUAAACUAAAUUUGUCUGGCAUAGCCAGAACGAUUUGAUUUAAAACAUACAAAUAAAUUGUCUGUCAUUCGGAAGAAUUGAUACUUCGUUUCUGAAAUCUUUCGAGUUUGAUUCCGAUGAAACUUUUUGGAACGGAUGAUGAAUGCGUCGGUCUCGAGGCUUAUCUGGCUUCAGACGAUGCCAGCUCGUCACAUAUUAGACCGUAAGAGCCAUGGACCGAAAUUUGUUCAGUGACAUAAUCGGGACCAAACAGCAACUCGUAUUGGAAUCAAUAUAAAAUAUAUAUUUAUUCUUGAUACAACUUGUAUACAAUUGCAUUUUUUUCUAGUUCUUGAACCCAUUGCUCAUCUUCAUUUAUUUUUUGUCGAAUAAAUUAGCCGAAAACGUUGUCAAAAUUCAUUGUACUAUCUAGCGCUAUUGUUCAUGAAUAGUUAGAUGUACAUAUAGUAUUGUACGUCAGGCACAAUUGAAGCAGAGAAGAAUAUUGGCAAAUUAUCUUGCAUCGUCGUCGGCCAAUAUUUGGGCAUUUUUAAAAGUAAAUACCCAAAUAAAUUAUAACUUAUUUUAGUAUAUGUUGAUUUAUUUGCAAAUAAUCUCGGUCGUUUAGUUACGAAACGCCAGUUUUACCUUGCGUAAGCUUCUCGCAAUUUACUACGAAUUUUCUUUGGCGCUGCAUUCAUAUUAUAACGGCUGCAGUACCAUACAAUAAUAAUGUGCGCGUCCUGAUCUAUUGGAAUAGAUGUUUGUAUAAGCACUUCAUUUUUGUCGACGCGGUUCUAUCUAAUCGAUUUUUUCAAAAUCCGAAACGAUUGUCCAAAAGAUGUUGAUUUUUGUAUAAGUUAGUAUGAGAAACAGUCAAAAGAUUGUCGAAAUGGCAGUCAAAUCGAAAUCCGGUGAAAUAAAGUGCUUUCAAACAAAUAUUAACUUAACGAAACAAGAAAAAUCAUGAUUAUUGAAUGUAAAUGUAAACUAAGCCUAAAUGAUAAUACUAACCCAAACGAUUGGUGAGAUACGAAUUUUGAAGUCCUACGUCCAACCGACUCACGACGAAAUAGGGAAAAUAUUUGUCCCGCCA